AUGUCCGAAGACCAAUCCUCUUCUAGUAGUAGCGCUCGGCCUGUUUCCAAUAACAGACCUUUGCAUGAGACACUUCUGCCAGCUGUGACACUUCCAGUGUCUGCACUUGGCAAGCGAAACAUGGCAGCUGUCUCGUCUCCUCCUCGUGGUCUCAAUGGCACUUGGCGUAGCAACUCGGACAUGGCACAACGAAGAGUCAUUGUCAAGGAAAUUGUCAAAAGUAUCCACAGACGUAGACCAAAUGCCCCCCAGUCGUUCAAGAAGCAACUUCCAAGUAUGGUGCAGAGAUUGGAGGAGGCCUUGUACAAGAAUGCCCCGUCGAUGGAGGUCUAUGCGGAUCUUUCCACUUUGGAGCAACGCUUGGAAACAUUGGCCCGUAAAGUGCAGCAACAGGCAGCGGUCAUGAAACAGCAGCAGCAUUCAAAGUAA